UGAACGGGUGAGAAAACACCUAAUUUUGAAUCUAGCCCACUUUGGAGUAGAUCCCAGCACUCUAAGCACUCUGACUUGGGAGUAAGUCUCCGCUGAGUGGCUUUGCGCUGCAAACUCGCCAUUAAUCCCUCCCCGCACGGCCCUGACCUCGCAAGCACACCGGAGAAUCAAGCCUAGCAGUAUGAGAGGGGACGAAGUCAACGAGAGCGGCUCCUCCGAAUGUAAUGGACGAACCCGACGCCUAAGCGCGGAGAUAGGCCUUGGGAGCAACUACUGCGGGGAAGAGGGGCGCGUUCUGCCGCAGAAACCAGCAACCCCUCCGAAGAGCUUGCCGAUCCAGGCGGCGGGGCCGAGUUCCUGUUCCAGGCGUGGCUGCUGCGUGCCUCGGUAGAGUGAGUCACAGGGCUGCCAAGGCGGUUUCCCAAGUGCCGCAGGAAGGCGGGCUGCAGCCUGUGCAAGGAGCAGAAUGUUGUCCCCGAGAUGGUUUUCAUUAAGCAAGGCCUGUCCUGCCCUGGCCAGGAUGCUGACUUCCUCCCCCAGUGGCUCCCAGGUUUCCCAGACUAUGGAGGAAGGACAUUCACCCAUUCAUGUGAAUAAUGUGCGAAAUAGAUUGAGGGAGAUAGUGGGAGCAUCUACCAAUUGGAGAGACCAUGUGCAAGCAAUGAAUGAAAGGAAAGCUUUACAUACCCUCCUUGCAAAAAACCAAGCUGACCUGCCCCCUAGGAAGAUGAGAGACAGCUAUAUAGAAGUUAUCCUGCCUUUGGGAAGUCAACCUGAAAUAAGAGAAAAAUAUCUGAACGUGCACAACUCUGUCAGGUUUGGCCGAAUUCUUGAAGAUCUUGAUAGCUUAGGAGUUCUGAUUUGUUAUACACACACAAAGCAUGAAGCUGGUCAGAUGUCUCCUUUGUCGAUUGUUACAGCGCUGGUGGAUAAAAUUGGAUUAUGGAAGCAGGAUAUUCGUCCAGACUGUGAUAUCAAGUUCAUUGGGAAUGUUUCAUGGGUAGGAAGGACAUCAAUGGAAGUAAAGAUGCACAUGCUUCAGUUUCACGAUGGUGCUUAUCAUCCUGUAUUAGAUGCAACUUUUGUCAUGGUGGCCCGUGAUCCAGAAAACAAAAGGCCAGCAUUUGUGAACCCACUGAUUCUUGAAAGUCCAGAAGAGGAAAAAAUCUUUAAGGAAGGCGAAGCAAACAAGACCAGAAGAGUUGAUUCCAGUAGGGCUUCCUUGCUAAAAAUGGCUCCUACUGCAGAAGAAAGAAACAUUGUACAUGACAUAUUUCUUAAUACACUGGACCCAAGGACGGUGAGUUUUCGGAGUCGGCUGCUGCCACCCACCGCAGUGUGGAUGGAAGAUGCAAAACUGAAAGGUCUGGAAAUCUGCCAUCCUCAGGAACGCAACAUUUUCAAUAGAAUCUUUGGGGGAUUUCUCAUGAGGAAGGCAUAUGAACUUGGAUGGGCUUGUGCCUACAGCUAUGGAAACUCCCGGCCUUAUGUGGUAGCUGUAGAUGAUAUCAUGUUUCAAAAACCAGUUGAAAUUGGAUCUUUGUUACUACUUUCUGCCCAGGUAUGCUAUACUGAAAAAAAUAAUGCCCAGGUUCGAGUACACAGUGAGGUGUAUGAUCCAGCUACCAGAGUGCACCAUACAACCAAUGUCUUCCACUUCACAUUUAUGUUAGAAAAUGAGAUACCAAGUAUUGUUCCCAGAACAUAUGGCGAAUCCAUGCUGUAUCUGGAUGGGAAGCGGCACUUUGAUUCCGCCAUGAAAGAAAACAUAGCACCCUAGCAGUGUGCCACCUUUGGAAGGAGAUCGCCUUGGAAGCUUUAAGCAUAUUGCUUCUCCACAGGAGGUGGCAAAGCAUUUCUGCCAUUAAAAACAGUAUGAUCAUGAAUGCAGAAAUGCUCUAAAGCACUUACUUUUCUAUCCAUUUAUUGUUUAUUUCUAUUUAUACAUAGUUUUUAGAUUGAUUUUUGUAUUUCAUAUUGGCGUUUCAUAUAUUUUAUGUAUUUUUAAUGCCAAAAGACGAACAAACUAUAUAUCAUGACCAUCACAGUGGUCAUUUGCUUUGCAAAGUGAACGAAGGUAGCUCUGAAAGGUGGAGGGUGAAGGAAAUGCAGUGUGGAAUCCUGCCACUGAACAACUUUUGCAUUGUUACUCAGAGGUGGUGAUCAGUAUACCAUUUAAAUUCAUAUGCUUUUACUUAAAUUUUUUCUACCACUGACUCCAGACUGAUAAAAGCAGCUAAAGCUCCUGCACACUAAUUGAAAGGGAUUAAGCAGUUACAUGGUGUGUCAAGGCCACAUCAGGUCCAUGAAGACCAUUACCCUGCCUAUCACAGUGGAACUCCCUGAAUUAAGCAAGAACGUCUCUUGAUUUCAGCCUUUGAUAAACUCCUACCAGAUAUGGAAAUGUUUUACUGAAUAAUGUAUUAUAUCCUAUAAUAAAAAAAAUCAUACGCUUGAUUGAAAUAAUCUUAUUACAAGCUACAAAAAUAUAUUCCAGGUCGCUUCAUAUCACGUAUGGUAGAUCUACCCUCACAUUGAAAAUGAUUUGGCAAAGAUGGUGUUCCAAUUUGUGUUUUUAAACUACGCAUCAGUGAAGCCCGCGAUUCCUUUUGGAGCUUUACCAUUUUGUUUUUUCAUCUUUUCAUAGAUAUUUCUCUAUGCCAGUUGCAUUUUGAAGUUUUGGGCUAUUCAAAACUGAGAAUGCAACUCCCUCUUGUGGAUGUUUGGCGCAUAACCAUGCUUCUACAAUGAAUAGCUUGAGAUACUCAUCACAUUACUGGAUGUCCUCCAUCUGAGAAUAAAGAUACUUGACACUGUA